AUGACCCCUAACCACAACCAUUCGACACCCCCAACCCCCCAAAAAAGAAAAAAACCCUUGCAGGCCCAACCCUUCUUCGUGAGGACUGGUCCCAGCAGCUCUCAGUUCUUUGAAGGAGACUUUGUGUCUCUGAGCUGUGAGGAGGACGACAGCUCUGCUGGAUGGACUCUGAGGAGAAACACAAGCAAAGAACAGAGGACUCAGUGUGGAGAUGUGUGGGGAAAACCAGCUGGUUCUUUGUGUAACAUCGAAUACAUGUACCCAUUGGACAGUGGAAUUUACUGGUGUGAGUCCAGAGAGGGUCCCAUCAGUAACAUGGUUAACCUGACAGUCACUGGUGGAUCAGUGAUCCUGCAGAGUCCUGUCCUCCCUGUGAUGGAGGGAGAUGACGUCACUCUGCUCUGUAAAACAAAGACCACUCCCUCCAACCUCCCAGCUGCUUUCUAUAAAGAUGGCUCCCUCAUCAGGAAGCAGCCUACAGGUCACAUGACCAUCCAGCAUGUUUCCAGGUCUGAUGAAGGCCUCUACAAGUGUGACAUCAGCGGUCAUGGAGAGUCUCCAUCC